CGAAUAUCUCAUCAGUCAGCAACUUGAUCUCGUCGUGAAAACAAGUCUAUCACAACAAAUUUUUUGAGAUACCUCGAGAUUUAUAAAAGAGAAUACAAAAAAAAAGAAAAACCAAAACAAUUUUUUUAAAAAAUCACAUAAUUCUAGAACCAAAUGAAAAAAUAAUUGAUAACUUAAAAACUGUGGAUUAUUAACGAAAAUAUCAACAAAAGUGAUUGUGUGUUAAGUGUGAUCAAAGUGAAAACAAUUACAAAUAAAAAUGCCCCGACCACUUAAAGAAACAUAUGGCGAUCAAAAGCCACCAUUCUCAUACAUAUCCCUGACGGCCAUGGCCAUAUGGAGUUCCCCACAAAAGAUGCUGCCUCUGAGCGACAUCUACAAAUUUAUAAUGGAUAAAUUCCCAUAUUACCGCAAGAACACCCAAAAAUGGCAGAAUUCCCUGCGUCACAAUCUGAGCUUCAACGACUGCUUCAUCAAGAUCCCCAGGAAUACCAACAAAGCCGGCAAAGGCUCCUACUGGACCCUCCACCCAAAGGCAUUCGAUAUGUUCGAAAACGGAAGUUUGUUGCGUCGCAGGAAACGCUUCCGCGUCCAGAAACUCGAGAAGGACAUGCUCAACGGAGAAUUGGCCGCCCUCGCCAGCUUCAACCGCUUCUUCAUUGCCCAGCAACAACAACAAAGACAACAGCCACAAACCUGGGACUACGCACAAUUGUCGGGACACUCUCAUCCAUCAGCAAUGUACCACCAAAUGCACAGUCCUCGUAUGUGCCACAUGCCGCCCACCUCACCAUCACCUGAACUGGACUUAGUGACUCCGUCCCCCGAACCCCAGCCAAUGAUGUCCUCGACGCUGUCAUCGCCAACUACCACACGACCAAAACGCUCCUUCGACAUCGAGAGUCUCAUCGCUCCCGAUGCAGAACCCAGCAAUUGCGAAAGCCGAUUAGGCAGCUGCGAGCCGACGGACUUGAGAAUAUCGCCUGCAUUGCCGACGGCACCCACCCCGCCAAUGAUGGAAGCUCCAUCACCACACCACCAUCAGCAAUCCUUCCCCAUCUACUCGGCCAACUUCGUGAUGCAUCCCAGCCAGCAACAGCACAUGAUGGGAUCAACGUCGUCGAUGUUUGGUCCAGCGCAGCAUCAGAUGCAUCCGCUCAUGCAUCCGCAUCAUCAAUACCAAAUCCAGCAGCAUCAUCACCACCACCACCAGCAACAACAACAACAGGCAGCGGCUGCAGCAGCAGCAGCGGCGGCGGCACUUUUUAACGCCGACCCACAGGCUGUGUACCGGGGAUACUUACCACCCCUUCCGGUGUUCUAAUGAAGAUCCCAAAUAGGACUUUAAUUUUUGUGAUAUGUUAAAUAGGACCGAACCCAUCUAUACUUAAAAUCUCAUUCAUAUACCAGUUCGCUUAAAUUUGUUAUUUAAACAAAAAAAUAUGGUUCCAGUUACUCUUCCUAUAAAAUAAUUUUUAAUAUUUUUAUUAUUUAAAAAAACAACUCCAUCUGGCCAAUCAAAAUAUUGUGUAGAUGUUAAGGCUUUCAGUGUGUAAAUAGAUAUUAGAAAAAUAAUAAUUUUAUUUAUUUAUUUUUAAUUCAAAACUUUGUUUUUUUUUGUGUUUUUGUUUUAAAAUGUUUCACUUGAAAAUUUGUAUUUGUUUAUGUGAAAAUAGAAGAGAGAAAUAAAUUUAAUUAAAUGUAAAUAUAGAAAAAUGUUUAGUAAUACGAUAAUAAUGUAAACAAAAAUGUCUAGAAAUAGAAAAACAAUUAAGA